UGUUUCAGUUGUCUGAUUAUGUAUUGUGAGUAACACUUUGAUGAGUUUUGAAAGAUAUGAAAACCGAUGUUUCCGAACAGCUAAUAGGAUUUUGAUCUUGUUUUACCGCUUAAUAUACUUCCAAGAUUUUAUUUUACCGUCGCAUGGGAACAAUAUGCUUCUCUCUAGAUCCGUAGGAAAUAUAUGUUUUUUUUCUAUGCUUCAAUCAGAAAAAACUGUUCAUUAUUCUUACAACUCUUUUUCUCCACCAAGGGUUUUUGAUUCUUCUAGAGAACUGUCUAGUUAGUCCAGAAUUAACAGUUUGUAAAUUGGUGAAACUAUCUAGAUUCAGUGAAAUGUAUACUACAUAUACGUACCUGGAACGGACUCGUCUUGGACGAAAAGUGAGGCUGUUUAAUCUGUGGUGAGGCGUUAAAGUGGAAAGUAAAGAGUGAGGAGGAGAAAGUGAAGAGUCGGGAGUGAAAAUUGAAUGUUGUACUAUUUUAAGGUUAGUAUUAUUUGAAAUUUCAUCGAAGCCACACUGCUUGAGACCGCUUAAAAGGAAGAAGAAAUGUGAAGUGUCAAAUGUACCGAAUUCAAAUAAUUGUUAAAAUGUAAAGUUUUUUCUAAAAUUGUCUGGUUUCAACGCAUUAUUAUGAAUUGUAUAAUACCAGGGCUAAAUUUGAAAGUUUUUGCAAGAGCUCUGCAGGCCCUAGCUAAAGUUGGAGAUGAUUUAUAUAUGGAAGCUUCAAAAGAAAAAUUAUGUCUUAUUGCCUUGAACUUAAGAAAAACAGUUUGUGUCCGCUAUUAUUUAUUAGAAAGUUAUUUUUCCAGUUACGAAAUUGAUGAAAAUGAGUUGAGUGAACACUCAGAAUCCAUAUUCUGUAAAAUCCACAUGAAAAUUUUUUUACCCUUAUUCAAAGGAGUACACCUCGAUAAAAAGCUAGAAUUUGUCAAAUUGGAAUAUGAAAACAAUAAUGAUUUAAUAAUAGUCAAGAUGAAGUAUAAAUGUGAUGAUAUUGUUAUGAUUCAUAAAUUGAGACUGAUGGAAGCAGAAUCCCUCACCAUUGGUGUAUGUUCAGAUUUGGGUUCAAGCAAUGUAAUAACUACAAGUUCUCUUUAUAGCCAGUUAUUAAACACAUUUAGUACUUCAGAUGAUGAAAUUACCUUAGAAAUCUCUAGAGAUAAAGUAUUGGUAAGAAAUUAUUGUGUAGGUGCACCACUUAGGCCAAAAUCUGUAAGAAGUCAAGUGAAUUUAAAUGGUUCUGAAUUCACAGUAUUUCAAAUUGAGGAUGAAACAACAAUCAAUUUUUCUUUAAAACCUUUUCGGACAGCUAUUCAGUUUGCCGAAGCCUUCAAUUUGAAUAUUGGUCUCAAUUUUGAAAAAGGUGGAAAACCACUUGCUAUAGUGAUGAAAAAUCCAACAUUUGAGGUAAAUUUCAUAGUAGCAACGCUUAAUCCUUAUAGUGAUGCUCAAAGCACGAUGACAGCCUCUUCUAUUCCAGCCAAAAUCACCCAACUGAACAAAAAUAUAGAAAAUAUAACUACAGAGGAUCGAGAGGCACUUAAAAAUGAGAAUUGGGACGAUAUGGAAAUUGAUACCAAUAAAAUUCCUUUGGAAACCUGUAUGAUUACUAAAAAAGGUAGUUUCCAUGAAAUAGUGACAAAGGCAAAACAAAAAAUUAGAAAUGCCACUUCUAAGCUAGGAACUGAGAGCAGUACCAACAGUUUUAGUAAGAAGCAAGGUGAUAAAAGAAACAAAAUAUUUGAAUUGCCAUUGAAGUCUCAUCUGAAUGAAGAUGUUGAUGAUAUUAUUCCCCUGUCUCCAGAAUCUCCAAAAACAAAAAAAGCAAAGCUUGUUUUUGGAAGAUGUUUUGAAUCAACAUUUUCGAGAAAGAACCUUGGUGAAAUAUUAGCACCAAAUUCAGAUUCAGAAUGAAUACAUUUUGGUUGGGAACUUUCAAUGAAUGAAAUUUUUUUAAGGCGAUAUACUUCUACAUCUGCAAGGUAGAUGAAAAUAAUUUUUGUUUUUAUUUACAUUACAGCUACAUUUGUAAAUAUUUACAAUUAAUGAUCUUUUUGAAAUAUAUCAUUACUGUCACAUGAAA